ACGUUAUUUCCCAGUUUGAGCGGCGAUCCGAUAGCCUCGCUGUCUUUCUUUGUCUCUCUUUCUCUCACGAGAAAGCAAAGACAACAAGCCCUCUCACCAAUGUCUCUUCCUUUCUCUUUCUGAUUCCUUUUCACUCUCUCUCAUGUGAAUACAUUGCACAUUAAUCAUUUCCCUUCAACUUUUUGGUUUCAUGACAUUAAUAAAAACUUUCUUCCUAGAUAUUUUUGUUUUGGAAAAUGGGAUGUGGGUUCUGAGAUGCUACAUUUUUAAGGGUUUCAGCAGACUUCAGGUUGCCAUAUGACUCUUCUUUUGGGGAAGCUUUUGGAUGUUUUAUAUGAGACUUGAGCCGCCUUUGCUUGGUAUUGAAGAGAAUUGAGGUCAGCUUUGAUAUGAUUCCAUUAGUCCCCGUUGAUUUUUCAACAUUAGAUGUUAUCUUCUAAUAAGGUGCAAACGUUUUUAUUGCUAUUAUUAUUAGUAUCUAUAAUGGUUUUGCUUUGAAUUUAUGCCCUUUCGAGAUUCGCUGCCAAGUUUUGUUUUUUAAUAUUGGAAGAAGAUUGAAAGCUGUGUUUUGAUUUUCUGAAAAAAAAUUAAGGAUACAUUGUGAUUCUUUCAUAGUGAAGGGGAGGUCUAAAUUAUAAUGGAGAAGAAGAAGUAUCCAAUUGGGCCGGAGAAUUAUACACUGCAUGAGGAGGUGGGACAGGGUGUUAGUGCUUCCGUGCACCGUGCUGUCUGUACACCCUUCAAUGAGAUUGUUGCAAUCAAAAUUCUUGAUUUUGAACGCGAUAACUGUGAUCUGAAUAACAUCUCUCGUGAGGCACAAACAAUGAUAUUGGUUGACCAUCCAAAUGUUCUUAAAUCACAUUGCUCCUUUGUCAGUGAUCAUAAUCUAUGGGUUGUCAUGCCAUACAUGGCUGGGGGAUCUUGUCUUCAUAUACUGAAGGCUGCCUACCCAGAUGGUUUUGAGGAGGUAGUUAUAGCCACAAUACUUCGUGAAGUGUUGAAAGGUUUAGAGUAUCUUCAUCAUCAUGGGCACAUACAUCGGGAUGUUAAAGCUGGGAAUAUUCUCAUUGACUCACGCGGUGCAAUCAAGCUGGGAGACUUUGGUGUUUCAGCUUGCAUGUUUGAUUCAGGUGAUAGGCAACGCAUGAGGAAUACAUUUGUGGGGACGCCUUGCUGGAUGGCACCUGAGGUUAUGGAGCAACUGCAUGGUUAUGACUUCAAGGCUGAUAUCUGGUCUUUUGGUAUAACUGCACUGGAGCUUGCUCAUGGGCAUGCUCCAUUUUCGAAAUAUCCUCCAAUGAAGGUAUUGCUUAUGACCUUGCAAAAUGCACCUCCAGGCCUAGAUUAUGAAAGAGAUAGGAAGUUUUCUAAGUCUUUCAAGCAAAUGAUUGCUAGCUGCUUGGUGAAAGAUCCUUUAAAAAGACCUUCAGCAAAGAAGUUACUUAAACAUUCUUUUUUUAAGCAAGCUAGGUCAAAUGAUUAUAUAGCACGGACACUUCUGGAUGGAUUGCCUGCUCUUGGUGACCGUAUCCAGGCAUUAAAGAGAAAGGAAGAAGAUAUGCUUGCACAAAAGAAAAUGCCAGAUGGUGAAAAGGAAGAACUAUCACAGAAUGAAUAUAAACGUGGGAUCAGUGGAUGGAAUUUCAAUCUUGAGGAUAUGAAAGCUCAGGCUUCCCUGAUUCAGGAUGAGGACCUUAUAGCUGACACUAACCAAGGAGGGAGCUCAAGUUCUUUGUCUACCCUUGAUGGACAAGAUAAGCAAUCAGAAUGCCAAACCUCUUCCCAACCUAUAGACAAGGAAGAUAAUGAUCCGGUCCAGAAUCAACCAACUCCUGUUGCUGCUGUUGAACCAGCAAUAAAUAUUGCCGAGGUUAGAUUUGAAAGAUCCGAUGAUGACUCAAGUGUUGCUAGUCCCUCUCAUGAACAUCAUGCGAUUUCACCUCAUGAUGACGAUCAUGUUGAAAGUAAUCUGGGUGAAAAGUCUGUUUUGGAGAUCAAUGGAAAAUCUUCUGAUAAUAUGAGCAAGCCUUCUCAUCAAAGGACAUCAUCAUUUUCAGGAAACACCAAUAUUCCAGAAACUAUUGUUCCUCCAAUUAAAGGAGAAAGCGACAAGCAAAACCAGCCCCAGAACAUUUUUGUUGGCAAUGGAGCAGCUGUGCCUGCAGGAGGGGAGGAUACUAUUUCAGACCUUCCUUCUAAAGCAUCUAAAUCAUCAGCGGUGAAUAGUGAUGAACUUGAUGAGAAAGCAAAGCCUCCUGUUGUUCAGCAAAGGGGACGUUUCAAAGUUACAUCUGAGAAUGUUGAUUUGGAAAAGGUUGCGCCAGCUCCUAUACUACAAAAGAGUCACAGCAUGCAGGUUGGUACUUUGGAGGUACUCACCCCACAUCCUGUAGUUUCACUAGCACCACCACCAUCUGAUGCUGCAUCCUCAACUCUUGCUGCCCAUCAUCUUUUCCCGAUGUUGCAGUCCGUUUUGCAGACAAAUAUUCUUCAAAGGGAGAAUAUUCUCAAUCUGAUUAAGCACAUCUCUGCCGUUGACUCUACAGUUAACCGUGCAUUUGAGGGAGUAAGCACACCUGCUAAUGUGGCUGUCACAGAGAAAUCUUUGUUGGAAGCAGCUCAUGAUAGGGAGAGGGAGUUACUUCAUGAAAUUACUGAGUUACAGUGGAGGCUUAUUUGUGCCCAAGAAGAACUGCAAAAGUAUAAAACAGAGAAUGCUCAGGUGUGAAUUUAUUUCCAACCGGAGCUGUGAUGGAAGUAAAGCCUAUUCCUUAAGUCAUAUGAUUGUAACAAAAGCUAAAAAGAGAAGAAACAAACAAAAUGACCAAAGAGAUAUCAUUAACUAUUGGUAGGUCGAUAUUGUUUGCAUCAUAUAUAUAGGUCGUUUCACUCUGUGUUAGCUGGAAAGAAAUUUUACUACAAAGCCUCCAACUUUUUGUACAUGUACUCUUACACUUUCCUUUCUUGAUCUGCAUACAAAUAGUAAAUACUAAAUAUAGCUUUAUAACCUUAAUUUUAGA